GCUAAGGUGCCAGCCACCUGGCUGGACCAACGCUGGCGGGAGGGCGCUAGCGACGCGGCCCGCAGGUCCCGCCCACAUAGGCCCGGCCCCGCCCCCGCUCUCCAUAGUUACGGCUGCGGAGGCGGCGGCCAUCUUGGCGGCGGAGCGAUGAGCGGGUCGAAUUCUAAGGCUGCGGCCGUGGGGUCGGCGGCUGGGCCCGGGGGGCUGGUGACUGGCAAGGAGGAGAAGAAGAAGGCUGGCGGCGGCGUCCUGAACAGGCUUAAGGCGCGGCGGCAGGCGCCCCACCACGCGGCCGACGACGGCAUCGGGGCAGCGGUUACGGAGCAGGAGCUACUGGCUCUGGACACCAUCCGGCCCGAGCACGUCCUGCGCCUCAGCCGGGUCACUGAGAAUUAUUUAUGUAAACCCGAAGACAACGUCUACAGUAUUGAUUUCACACGCUUCAAAAUUCGAGAUUUGGAGACCGGGACAGUGCUUUUUGAGAUUGCCAAACCUUGUGUGUCAGACCAGGAGGAGGAGGAGGAGGAGGAGGAGGAGGCGGCAGGUGGAGAUGUGGAUGUCAGUGCAGGCCGCUUCGUACGCUAUCAGUUCACGCCAGCAUUUCUCCGCCUCCGCACUGUGGGCGCCACGGUGGAGUUCACGGUGGGAGACAGACCUGUGUCAAACUUCCGGAUGAUUGAACGGCACUAUUUCCGGGAACGCCUGCUGAAAAACUUUGACUUUGAUUUCGGCUUCUGCAUCCCCAGCAGUAGGAACACUUGUGAACAUAUCUAUGAGUUUCCCCAGCUUUCUGAGGAUGUCAUUCGUCUGAUGAUUGAAAAUCCCUAUGAGACCCGUUCUGACAGCUUCUACUUUGUCGACAACAAGCUGAUAAUGCACAACAAGGCUGACUAUGCCUAUAACGGGGGCCAGUAGCUGUGGCAGGAGCGGACGGGGGAGGUGCUUUGCUGUGGCCCGAGGUCCUGGUGCACGGAGGUGGCUGAAGCUGCGGUCUGUCAACACACAUCUGGAACCUGGCCCCAGGAAGCCGAGGCUGGGGUGGCAGUUUCCUGUGCUCCAAGAGAGGUGCCAAGCAGUGCUGUGUUUCCUUCCCCAGUAUUUUUUCUUCCCUUUUUCCUGCCCCUUAGGUUACAGAGGUACUAUAGUAAAACUUAGCAUAAGGCUCCUGGAAUCCAGAUUAAAAAAAGAAAGUUUAUUUUCACGUAGUCAUGGCUCCUCUGGGUUGUCCUGAUGAGCCCGGGUCUCUCCAGGCAGAGCCGUGCCGGGGAGAGAAGGCUCUUCUGUAGGUUCGGGGGUGCUGUGGUAAGCUGAGACUCCUCUCUCGCCUGCGGGGUCGCCAUCAGCACACUCUGACCUCAGCCUGUGCAUCGUCCUAAACCAACUGGGGGAGCAGAGGGAAGGAGUGGUGCCAGGAGUUGAGGCACUGGGGUGGGCAAGGCUACCAAACUGAAGGAUCUGUCUUACGUGGGGGCCACUUAUCUGUCUGACUUCCGGAUCCUCAGCUGGUCCUCCUGGGGCUCCACUGAGGUUUCAACCUGGCAGUGCCUUCCUGUUCUCCUUCCAGAGGAAAGAUGAGCUUGCUCUGCUUCUCCUGGCUCCUAACUUUUGAGUUUCUCCUGAAAUACAAUGUGUCAGUUUUGCUCUUGGAACUGUAGUAUCUCUCGAGGCCAGAGCAGGCCUUAUUGUAUUUUGUUUUUUUAUUUCUAAGCUUCUUGUGGGGAGGCUUUAUAAAAUGUCAGUGGCAUUCCCAGCAUAUAGGAUGUGUGGCCAGACUUCUGAUAGUAUCAGUCAGGCUCCCGGGGCUAAUCUGGGUCAUGUCGUACCUGCUUUUGUACUGAAGUAGUUCCUGGAACCAUCCUGGCCGGUCAGACCUAAGUAAUGUGUAUUCUGGUCCUUUGGACUGCCACUUGGAAUGGUUUUGGGCGUUGGGAAAGGGGGAAAUCAGCUGAGGUGGCCUAUCAGAGAGAUGUGUUCUCAAAAAACUUCUCACACAUCCCUCAGGCCCUCACCGGAUGGACUGUCCGCGCUUCAGCUCCCUGCUGUUGUCUGACUGUGUGGGCGAUU